CUCGGUUUUUUCUCUUACCCGAGACCGAGUCCGACUCGGCGGGCGAAGAAGGCCAACUCAGUAAUCUUCCUUCCUUUACAAUUAACAGUUACACCAUUUAACCAUUUUUCCCGCACACAACACAAACACUGACACACACACACACACACAUUUCUCUCACUACACAGAGUUAGGGAUUUAGAGAGAGAGAGAGAGAACCCUCAGUGUCAGGCUCAGACGUAACGUGCAUUUCUCAUUGGCACAAUACAACCGACACCAUCACGCCGUUUUCACAUCCACGUGGUUUACUGAUCCAUCGUCGUCGUUUUCGUCUUCAAUCAGUUGGUUGAGAAUCCCAAGACUUAGAGCUGGAGCCGCUACAAGAUCCCAAGCAAUUGAAGGCUCCGCCCGCCGCCGCCGCCUCCUCCAACGGUCAGAUCCGGUACCGAUCGCCAUCCUCCGCCGAGCUCUUCGACGGACAGGCCUGUAGCAACUCUCCGCCGUCGCACGCCGCCGAUCAGCACCUGCCGGAGUUCUUCGAGUCGAGCAAAAUGCUGAAGCGCGCCGGCCGCCAGGAGUCUCUCUCCGACAAGAUCUACAGGUUCCGAGGGACUCUGCUGGUGGUCUUGAUCCCUCUCGUUCUCAUCACUUUCGUCCUCUACAUGAUGCCAUCGAGCACCUCCAACGAGUCAGUUGGAGACUUCGCCCUCGUUAAUCGGAAAAUGUCCCCCGAUAAGAAAUCCGGUAGCUCCUUCGCCGUUAUCUUCGACGCCGGCAGCUCCGGAAGUCGUGUGCACGUCUUCCACUUCGACCAGAACCUAGAUCUCGUUCACAUUGGCAAAGAUCUCGAGCUUUUCGUGCAGCUUAAGCCGGGUUUGAGUGCGUACGCUCAGAAUCCGCAGCAGGCAGCAGAAUCUCUGAUUUCGCUUUUAGAUAAAGCGGAGAGUGUUGUUCCUCGUGAAUUGCGAUCCAAGACACCCGUUCGAGUUGGUGCAACUGCGGGUUUGAGGGCUUUGGAAGGGGAUGCAUCUGAUAGGAUCUUGCAAGCGGUAAGGGAUUUGCUUAAGCAAAGAAGCACCCUGAAAUCUGAGCCUGAUGCGGUCACGGUGCUGGAUGGAACACAAGAAGGUGCUUUUCAAUGGGUUACUAUUAACUAUCUAUUGGGAAACUUGGGAAAAGAUUACUCAAAGACUGUUGGGGUAGUUGAUCUUGGAGGAGGAUCUGUUCAAAUGGCUUAUGCCAUCUCUGAGGCAGAUGCGGCCAUGGCUCCCAAAGUACCAGAUGGAGGGGACCCAUAUGUCAAGGAGAUGUUCCUGAGGGGAAGGAAAUACUACCUAUAUGUUCACAGUUACUUGCACUAUGGUUUACUAGCAGCCCGUGCAGAAAUUUUAAAGGUUUCUGGUGAUGCAGAAAACCCUUGUAUCUUAUCUGGCUAUGAUGACUCUUACAAAUAUGGAGGAAAGUCGUUUAAGGCUAAAUCCUCUCCUUCUGGGUCAAGCUUGAAUGAAUGCAAAAGCGUAGCUCAUAAUGCUCUCAGAGUUAAUGAGUCAACAUGUACACACAUGAAGUGCACUUUUGGUGGGAUUUGGAAUGGUGGAGGGGGAGAUGGACAGAAAAACCUUUUUGUUGCCUCGUUUUUCUUUGACCGUGCUGCUGAGGCUGGUUUUGCUGAUCCAAACUCACCCGUUGCGAUUGUUCGACCUGCGGAUUUUGAGGAUGCAGCUAAGCAAGCUUGUCAAACAAAACUUGUGAAUGCCAAAUCCACUUAUCCACAUGUUGAUGAAGGGAACCUUCCAUAUAUUUGCAUGGAUCUUGUAUACCAGUAUACAUUGCUUGUUGAUGGAUUUGGCAUAUAUCCAUGGCAAGAGAUUACAUUAGUGAAGAAAGUUAAAUAUGAUGAUGCCCUUGUUGAGGCAGCAUGGCCCCUAGGCAGCGCCAUAGAAGCUGUCUCAUCUACGUAACCGCACCAGUAUCAUCACUUGGAUUACUCAUCCGAAAUCUUGGGGCACAACGAGUUUUAUCACAAGGAUUUUGUGGUGAAUUACUGUCAUUCAUGUUAAUCAGAAAUUACUUUCAGGCUGAAUUGAGAUUGGAUAUGGAUCUACAUUUCAGGAAUAAUGGGAGAUGAUAGCUUCAUUAUUUGUCUUAUGUAAUUAAUUCGCAAUAUAUCUGAUUUACAGUUCUGGAAGAUUCAUUCGAUUCAUUGAGUGCUUCUUUAUAUUUUUUUGUCUUAGGAGAUGAACAAAAUGGUGAUACUUUCACCAUUUCAUUUUUGUUUCUCUAAAUGGUUUCAUUCGUGAU